AAUCGGCUUUUUAAAGAGUUGAAGUUGAAGGGGUUUUUGCCCACGUUGGAAACUUAUGGAGCUAUGAUAAAUGGGUACUGCAAAGAAGGAAACUUUAAAGCGAUUGAUCGACUUUUGAUGGAAAUGAAGGAGAGAGGCUUGACUAUCAAUGUUCAAGUACAUAAUAGUAUUGUUGAUGCUAGAUGUAAACACGGUAGCUCAGCUAAAGGAGUGGAGUCUGUAACAAUGAUGAUUGAGUGUGGUUGUGAGCCAGAUAUUACGACCUACAAUAUUUUGAUUAAUAGUUCAUGUAAGGAUGGGAAGGUUGAGGAAGCUGAGCAGUUUUUAAACAACGCAAUGGAAAGGGGAUUAGUGCCAAAUAAGUUUAGUUAUACUCCUCUUUUUCAUGUAUAUUUCAGAAAAGGGGAACACUGUAGGGCAUUGGAUAUAUUUACUAAGAUAACAGAAAGGGGACACAAACCUGAUUUGGUUUCUUAUGGAGCUCUCAUCCAUGGACUUGUUGUUUCUGGGGAAGUUGAUACUGCAUUGACAGUCCGGGACAGAAUGAUGGAAAAUGGAGUAGUGCCUGAUGCUGGCAUUUUCAAUGUUUUGAUGAGUGGCCUUUGCAAGAGAGGGAGGCUUUCUACUGCCAAGCUGCUGCUUGCUCAGAUGCUUGACCAAAAUAUACCACCAGAUGCAUUUGUUUAUGCCACUCUGGUAGAUGGGUUAAUCAGAAAUGGCGACCUUGACGAGGCAAAGAAACUAUUUGGGUUAACAAUUGACCAGGGUCUAGACCCUGGUGUUGUGGGGUACAAUGCCAUGAUUAAGGGUUUCUGCAAAUUUGGAAUGAUGAAGGAUGCACUGUCAUGCUUUAAAAAAAUGAGGGAAGUGCAUCAUCAUCAUCCUGAUGAGUUCACUUAUUCAACAAUAAUUGAUGGGUAUGUCAAACAGCAUAACUUGGAUGCUGCUCUGAAUUUGUUUGAACUGAUGAUCAAACAGGGAUGCAAGCCAAAUGUGGUCACGUACACCUCCUUGAUAUAUGGGUUUUUCCACAAGGGAGAUUCCCGUGGAGCUGUAAAAACUUUCAGAGAGAUGCAAUCUUGUGGUAUGGAGCCAAAUGUAGUCACGUACAGCAUACUUAUUGGAAACUUUUGCAAGGAAGGUAAACUUGCAAAAGCAGUCUCCUUUUUUGAACUAAUGCUAAAGAACAAGUGCAUUCCUAAUGAUGUUACCUUCCAUUAUCUGGUCAAUGGGUUCACAAAUAAUGAACCUGGUGCAAUUUUGGAGGAAGUGCAUGAGUCUCAAGAAAAUGAGAAAUCUAUU